UGUCUACCACUGAUUGUAAAAGCCAUAAAAAAACAGAAGAUACUUAAAUAUUUAACUGUAAUUUAGGAAUUUCAUUAAAAUGAGUAACAAAGAUAAAGAUCCAGUACAGGAAGAAAUGUCGGGCAGAGUGCAAGAAGUGGGAAAUCAAGCGAUCUGGAGUUUAUCCAGUUGUAAACCAGGUUUUGGCGUUGAUCAACUUCGAGAUGAUAUAACAGAAACUUAUUGGCAAUCAGAUGGACAAUUACCACAUCUUGUAAAUAUUCAGUUUCGCAGAAAAACUACUAUUCGGGAUAUUUGUAUAUACACAGAUUACAAACUAGAUGAAAGUUAUACUCCUAGUCGAAUUAGUAUAAGAGCUGGAACAAAUUUUAAUGAUCUGCAAGAAGUUGAAAUUAUGGAUUUAAAUGAGCCAAAUGGAUGGAUAGUAAUACCUGUCAAAGAUUUAAAUGAACGUCCAAUUCGCACUUUUAUGCUUCAAAUAGCUGUUAUUAGUAAUCACCAAAAUGGAAGAGAUACGCAUAUGCGGCAAAUUAAAGUGCACAGUCCCGCCAUUGAAAUUGUCGGUCCACCUGCUUCUUAUGUACCUGGUCAAUUUCUCACAAACGAAUUUCAGCAAUAUACCGCUAUCAGAUAAAAUUCUUUUCAUCUUAUUAUAAUUGUUUUUAUAUUUGAAAGUUAUCCAAUCUGAAAAGAUAACUAAAAACUAGUUCAAAACCUUUUAGAAGUAGGAAAGAUAUGUAUCAAAUUUUUCUCAUAUUUUUUAAAUGGUUUUUACAUGGCUUCCACCUGAUUCUUAUUAGGUAUGUAAUAUAAAAAAUAUGUAUAUAGUAAAAAUAAUAAAUUAUAAUAUUAUCA